AUGGUGCGCCUCACACCAAUUAUCCUGGUUGCUGUUUCUAGUGUCGUCGCCGGUCACUAUCACGCCGGUCCACUCGUCGAUGGCUGUCCCCAGCCAUGCCGCAGUGUCGGCCCCAAUCCCAGUAACUGGACGCACCUCCAUGGCACAGGUGACCUGACACUCUGCGAGAAGCCUCUCCUGUUUGAUUUAAAUAUCAAAAACGACCUAGCGCUGUCUCCGACUAUCCGGAGUUGCGCUGUCGAGGGCGCGGACAUGGACUUUAGUGAAAUAUCCAGACUCCGCAGUAAGGAUAGUAAUGACAGCAAUACGUCAUUGCGCUGGGAGGACGUUGACCAGGAAGGUCCGGAUGCCGUGGAAGAAGCAAUUCGAUCUGACCCAACAUGUGGUGCGACUGGGACCCAGAUAAAGGUAGGGCUACGGACUGGUCCUCGCAGCGUCCUGGAUGCGGGCGAGGAAGCCGCCGCCGCUGCAAAGUUACUUGCAAAGUACAUCGCCAACUCCGCGUCGUGUGGAAGGAAUAUUCUGUUCGCGAAGUCCGGGUCCGCUAUUGUGGCGGCUUUCACUGGGUCCGAGGUCCAGAAGGCCAGUUUCGACGAUCUGGGCGAGGUUUUCGGGAAAGAAUUGCAAUCCGGGACACAGGUCAUCGAGGUCUGUCACCCUGCAGAUACCUCUGACCAGACCGUCGGCCUGUUUGCGAUUAACUCGCUAGACGAGCUGCCCGACGCCCAGAGUGCGCUGGUCGAGUGGGCCGAGGGCAGCUGUAAAAUCGAUGAGACGGAAGAAGGCACCGCUCAAAGAGUCAGCUUGAAAGUCCUUGUCGCAGACGAAGCGCCAACUACAGCAGAGAAGCGUGACGAGGAUAUGUCCCCCGUCCGCGGGCUCCUCGCAACCCGGGCAGAGUGCAAGACGACAGAGGUGAAAAAGGGCGACAGCUGUGCGUCCCUCGCAAAGCGGUGCAAGAUAUCAGGCGCAACCUUUACCAAGUAUAACCCAGAUAAAGGCCUUUGUGGCAAUCUUGCCCCCAAGCAACUCGUCUGUUGCUCUAAGGGAAGCCUUCCAGACCUGAAGCCUAAGCCACAGAAGGACGGAACAUGCGCAACUUACAAGGUCUCGACCAACGAUGGCUGCGAGAGCAUCGGCGCCAGAUAUGGCCUAAAGGAGAAUGAUAUCAAAAGUCUCAACAAGGCAACCUGGGGCUUCGCGGGUUGCGGAAAGAACAGCCUACAGCCAGGGCAAAUCAUCUGUCUGAGUAAAGGCAACACUCCAAUGCCGAGCCCUCUCAAGGACGCAACCCGCGGGCCCCGGAACCCGGGAACGAAGAAGCCUAAUGGGAAGUUUGACGGCUUUGACCUGGUCAAACUCAAUCCCUGUCCACUGAAAGCGUGCUGCUCCGGGUGGGGGUUCUGUGGUACGACUAGUGAGUUCUGCACCAAAGACGCGGCCGACACGGGUGCUCCUGGGGCGAUCAAGCCUGGGAAGAACGGCUGCAUUUCCAACUGCGGGAUGGAGAUCGUGGGAAAUGACGAGAAACCCGAGGCGGCUCUCCGUGUGGCUUACUUUGAGGCCUUCAAUAUCGAACGGGACUGCCUGCGCAUGGAUGCUACGGAAAUCCCUGUGGCAAAGAAGAUUUUCGACGGAAAUCCGUGGGUAGGGCUGGACCCAAUUUACGUGGCCCCUGACCACAAUAUAGUUCAUUUUGCGUUUGCAGGGAUUACGAAGGACUUUGAGGUCACCUUUGACAAGGGAAUUAAGGAGCAAUUCGACAAGUUCAUGGAUAUGGAGGCUCCGUGGCUCAAGGUGCUUUCGUUUGGUGGCUGGGCUGAAUCUACUGAUCCAGAGACUUUUCAGCUGUACAAAGAUGCAGUGAAAAAGGCCAACCGUGAGAAGUUCUCGGAUAAUGUUGUCAAGUUCGCCAAGGACAAGGGCCUAUACGGGUUGGACUUUGACUGGGAGUAUCCAGGGGCCCCCGAUAUCCCCGGGGUGCCGGACGGAGGCGACGACGAACCAGAGGCCUAUCUCGAGUUUCUUAAGCUUGUCAGAAAAAAGCUCGGAACAGAUCAUCACUCGGUCUCUGUUGCGCUUCCUGCCUCAUACUGGUACCUGAAGCCCUUCCCCGUGGACAAGAUGGCGAAAUAUGUCGAUUACUUUGUGUAUAUGACUUACGACCUUCACGGUCAGUGGGAUUAUGGUAAUGAAUAUGCCAGUCCCGGCUGCAAGAAGGGAAACUGCCUGCGUUCGCAUGUCAACAAAACAGAAACCGAGAACUCACUAGCAAUGAUUACAAAGGCAGGCGUACCGGCGUCUAAGAUUGUCGUCGGCGUCACUAGCUACGCGCGGAGCUUUGGGAUGAAAGAUUCGAAAUGUACUGGUCCGACGUGCACAUUUACCGGUAGCUUCAACGAAUCUACUGCCGAGGCAGGCCACUGCACCAACACUCGCGGCUAUAUCUCCAACGUAGAGCUGAAGGAGAUAUCAGAUAUGCACGAUGAAGGUUAUGACGGAGUCGAGGUCAAGAAAUGGUACGACAAGGAUUCGGACUCGGAUAUCAUGGUAUACGGGACCCAGGGCAAGCUCACCACCUGGGCUGGCUGGAUGAGCGAUGAAACCAAGAAACGGCGGGUUGACUGGAUCACGGAUUUGAAUUUUGGAGGCACUGUGGACUGGGCACUCGAUCUUGGAACUUUUUACAAAGGGCCAAAGCCCGAGGAGGGAGACCCGGAGGCUGCACUCUGGGAUAUUCCCGAUAACAGUUGCGAUCCCAACCAAUGGCCUGUUAACCUGGACGAGUUCGAAAUAGCCCCCGAGCUGGUGCCUGGGCCUUGCCGUGCAAUGGUGUUGCUCAAUUUCCUUAUCGACGAGCUGGCUGUCGCGACAGAAGCAUACGAGGAGGCAUCGAAGGGCUUCGACGACAAAUUCAAAUACUACGCCGAGUGGGUUAAGGACAAUAUCAACCCUUCCCUGGAUACAUUCAUGAAAGGCAACGGUACGGAGUUUAUGGACUGUAAAUGGUCCUCCCAAAGCGGGACGGUUGAUAAACACGGUGAUGGGCCCUGUACUGAGAUGGACUUGGAUGGCGGUAAUGGAUCGGCCAGCCAAUACCCCGACAAUUCGGUCACGUACACGGUGCGGGAUGAGGAGGGUUUCUACAAGAAGCUGGAGGCAGACACCGGCAUCCUGAAGGAUUGGAUCUACUGGAAGGAUAAACACGAUGUCCGAUAUCCUGGGUGUCCCUGUCCGCAGCCGCCCAACUGUGAGGUUUGCGGAGGUGACUUCUACCACAACUACCCGCGCGCCAAAGACUACGACGAUAUUGACGUAGUAAACCCCAAGGAACUCAUUGAUGAGGCCGUCCCCAGCACUGAGGAACUGGAAUGGGCGAUCAUAGAGACCUACAUAGAAAUGACCAUGGGGGGACUGGACGCCGACGAGGAUGAUGUCGUGACAGCCUUCAGCAUGCCCGUUUUCAUGCUCCAGGACGCGGCCAAGCAGAUUGAGGAGAUCAAGAAGAUUGGGGCAGAGGUUGGAGAUGCUAAAAAGAAGGAACUUAUCCUGAACAUCGUUAGUAUUGUCCUUGUUGUCAUCCCGUUUGUCGGCGAGGCCACGGCGGCCCUGGGUGGAGCAGCGGCGAUUGCCCGCGCAGCAUUGGUGAUCGGGGAGACGGGCAACAUUGCAAUGUCAGUCUAUGAAAUUGUCGAUAACCCCGAGUCUGCGCCGUUUGCGAUCCUGGGCAUCAUAGGAAGUGCAUCGGUCAUUCGCACCACGGGUGUCCGUAAGGCGUUUUCCCAGGCUGCAGGGGCACGGAGGGCACUCAGCGCGGACAAGAUGAAAGCUUUUGGGCCAGCUUUUGUAAAGAAGGACGCUCAGGUUCAAAGGAUUCUGAAGGGUUGCACGGUGCGGUGA